UCAGGCAUGUUGUGUAGCCACGCCCGGCCGGGGUCCUCAGACUCAACAUUACCGCAGUGCACCCUGGUUCCUUCCUUUCGAUCCCAGGCUCGCUUCAGAAAACAUGGGAAAGUGUCGUGGUCUGCGUACAGCCAGGAAGCUCCGCAAUCACCGCCGUGAGCAGAAAUGGCACGAUAAACAGUACAAGAAGGCCCAUCUGGGCACUGCCCUGAAGGCUAACCCCUUCGGAGGAGCCUCUCACGCCAAGGGCAUCGUGCUUGAGAAAGUAGGUGUUGAGGCCAAGCAGCCCAACUCUGCCAUCAGGAAAUGUGUAAGAGUUCAGCUCAUCAAGAACGGCAAGAAGAUCACCGCCUUCGUCCCCAACGACGGUUGCCUCAACUUCAUCGAGGAGAACGAUGAGGUUCUGGUGGCAGGAUUUGGACGUAAAGGUCACGCCGUGGGUGAUAUUCCUGGAGUUCGUUUCAAGGUGGUGAAGGUGGCCAACGUGUCCCUGCUGGCACUCUACAAAGGCAAGAAGGAGAGACCCAGGUCAUAAACAGUUGAGGCAGAAAAGAGAAUAAACACGUUUUCAAUUACA